CCACCCAUCUCUCCCCUUCACUGCACCAUUCUCAAACAGAUCUCUGGGAUGCCGUUUUCCUGUCUUUUCCCUGUUAUUUCCAUUAUUUUUUUAAAAAGAAAUUAUUCUGAGCGUUUAUUUUUUGUAUUGCCCGAGCCCCAUAUUAACUGUGUCUAGCUACUAUCUUUUUGUUCGCUAAUGCAACUUCGUAAAUUUUCAGGGGUUUUUUUUUCACAUCUCAGUGGCAUUCCCGAAAACCAUAAUGGCGACGUCAAAGGUCAAGUUGUAUUACUUUGACUUCCGGGGUCGAGGAGAACUGAUCCGAUUGGUUCUUGCAGCCGGGGGUAAAGAGUUCGAGGACGUGAGGAUUCCGAACCCUUUCCAGACAGACCUGAGGAGCUGGUUCAGAGGCUUCAAACUGAAGCUGAGCCUGGCAGACCUGGCGGUGUUUGACCUGACCACUGGAUUCUUGGCGCCCCUCCUGCCCCCUCUGUACCCGUACCCACUUCUGAGGGCGUUGGUGGACAGGGUCAGGACUGACCACAGGGUCAAGGGUUACGUGGACACAAGGCCAGAGCGGCCGUACUAAUCUGUCCCCGGCGUUUUAUGCACCCUGCAUAAUUUAGCAAAAUUGAUUCAUUUAUUUGCAUAAUUUCUGAUUAUUUUCCUUUAUCAUUUAAUUGUUAAAAUUAUCAGUAUCGCAUAAUUUCACAUUUUUGGGCUCAGUUUCCAUAAUUUCAAGAUUACUUUUUUUUCAUAAAACUGUGGGGGCAGACUAGUCUAAUGGAGACGGAACCAUAAGAUGGAUUGCUAAUCUACUAUUAUUGUAAUACCCACUGCACAAUGCCAACUGGGUUCAUUCGGUCGCUAAUACAUUGUACCCACAGUACAAUACACUGAAUACUGCUAGCUGGGUACAAGCUCUGUCGGAUUGAGCGGGGGUUCAUUCAGAUUUCCCUUCAGGGAGGGGCAAAAGCUAUUGUUUUGGAGCAAUAAUACAACCGAUUUGAUUGGCGAACUUAAAGAAAACAAACUAGAUCUUGUUUGAUUUUGAAGGCUGCAGUCGAAUUUAGGCUAGACAGAUUCGGUCGAGUUGUGCCAAAAUGGAAAACCUGGCUGGCCCCGACGGAAUCAAAGGAAGCCGAUUGGCAGUGUGCACUGUGUACAUGUAUUGCUAUAAAUCAUAUAAUCUUUGUUUGUUUGCAUGAUAGGCCUACGCACAUUAUGACUCUUCUGACUGUCAGUUUGCACUACUUUGCUCCCCUGCCUGCCUGUAUGUUGACUAUCCGUCUCUGUCUGUGCACUGGCAUCUGUGGUGUAACGGUUAGAAACAGAUGCUUCGCUGUUGCACACAGGACACCCAAGUUUGAUUUUCAUGUGGUGAAAUUUUUUUGUCGAAUAUAUUGAUCCAGGGAUGUUCCGCCCCUCUCAGCUUGGGUUGACCCUGAGGGCCAGGGUAGAAGACUACCUUUUAAAUGAUAAUCUAAAUUGUGUUUUUCGGGGUAUAUUAUGGUGUAGAACAAAAUCUACAUUAAAAUAAACAUACAUU